AUGGAUGAUAUUUUCUUGAACCCAUUCAGUGAUAUGUAUGCUUUUUCGGGAAGUACGGACAACAAUGAUACAUCGUCAAGCAACAAAGAUAAAAGUCCGCCUAAGGAAAGGAAGAAAGAAGCUUGGGAGUCCGAGAGCGCCUUCGGAACUUUCAACAAACCCCCAAAGCUUAUGGCUAUAGAGGAUUAUAGCAGGUGGGCAACUAAGUUUGAGGAUUGGAUGAUGGCAUUUGCAUUUCCAAGCUGGAAAAGUAUGAAAAAUGGCUAUGCAAAUGGCAAGAAGAAUGGUGAAGCGUUGAGAUCAACUGAAGAAAUUGAUGCUUUUGUGGCAGAACAAAAGUGUGUAGCAUUGCUUUUUCAAUCUGUCCGAGAAGACAUCAUUUCCUUGAUCGAUUACUCAAAUGCACAAGAUUUGUGGAAAAAACUGAAAGCAAAAUGUAUUGGAAGUGAGGAAAUUGUAAAGAAUAAGAAGAAACUUCUUCGGAAAGAAUUUGAUAUGUUUGGGUGUAUGAAAAAUGAAUCAGUGGGUAAAAUGAUUGAACGGUUUGGUCAUCUUAAGCUGGAACUUGUUCGACAUGGGAUCAAUUAUCCUGAUGAUGAGAUAGUUGAUAAAUUAUUAAAGCAGGCUGAAGAGCAAAGAGAAAAGUCAAGGGCUUUAGCUGUGAUCUAUGAUGAUGAAGGUUACGAUUGGAGCAAAGAGGUGUUGCCGGAAGAUGAUGCCAUUGGUUAUGCUUUCAUGGCAAGUCAAGAUGAACCGAUUCCUUGGAAGGAUGAUCGAACAGAGGAACAGAAGUACCAAUACAGGAAGUUGAUUGCUGAAACAAAGAUUAUCAGACUUUCUGAGGUAGAAGCUGAAGCUGAAGGUGAAAUUGAUGCUGAAGCUGAAGUUAAUGUUGAAGGAGAUGUUCGUUUAUCUCCUAAUUCUGUAGAGUUUUUGAAAUCUCUUAAUGCUUAUAAUGCUGAGAAAGAAAAGGCAGCUGGUGAGGAAGAAGGUGACGAUGUAGAGAAAAGUUCGUCAAGUUCAUCUGAUGAAGAAAUUGAUGAAACAGAACGUGCAAGGAGAAUUAAAGCUGAGAUUGAGAAAGAAAAGCAGCUUAAAAGAAAGAGGAGAGAGGAGAAAGAUGAUGAUGUGUAUGUUCCAUCUCCUAAGCAUGUGAUAGAAUCUCAGACUCCUCCAUCUGGUGGUAGGAAGAAAGCAAGUGCCAGAAAGAGGGUAGUUUCUCCAAAAGCAGCAAGGAAGAAAUUGAUUGUGAGGUUGCCUAAACGCACACCGAAAACAAAAUCUAGUCAACCACCAUCACCACCACCUGAACCAUCUCCACCUAAAUCACCACAUAAAUCUCCUCCAAAACAAUCUACACCACCACCAUCACCUCCACCACAUCUUUCACCACUACAUAUAUCACCACCACAUUUAUCACCACCACACCAAACACCAAUCCAAGAACAACCUAUUCUCACUUCACAACAAAUUUUUCAAACACCACCAUCCACACAACCACUUGUCCAAACUACACCUGGUUCUUCUGGAUACAGAACUUUUCCAAAUAUCCCAGAAGGUAUUUCUCUUGAAGAAAUUGGAGAUUUUGGUUUUGCCAAUGAUGAACAUGUAAAGAGGUUAGAAAAGAAAUAUGAAGAGGUGUUGAUCGAGAAUAAGAAGUUGUUGGAUAGAGAAAAGAAGUUAGAGAAGCGUGUAAAGUCUGUGGAAGCUGAAAAUUCUUCGAUGUUAAAGAAAAUUAAAGCUGAUCAGACAGACAUAGACAUUCUGAAAGUCAAAGUUGCAGAAUUAGAAGAAGAGAAAGCACGCUGA